AUGGCACCAGAACCAGCACCAGCAGGACCAGCAAGCAUGGUGGACGGCGAGACGGCGUUGGUGGUGAACAGGGGUCAGCAGGGUCAGCAGGGUCAGCAGGGGUGGGAAAGGAAACAGCCACCGUCGAGCCCACUAGAGCCUGCCAGCACUAGCUUUUCCUAGCCCCAGCACGCCCCAGCCUCCGACCUUUUAACGAGGCCACCGCUGCUCGCUCCGCCAACCCAUUUUUCUCCUGGGCCACUCACAACUCUUCUUUCCUUUCCAUCAACACCACACGCAACCAAUCAUCGCACCCAUCAAAUCACCGUCCAGAACCCCUCCAAAAAGGCUCGACAAAGUUGAUUUAUCGAUAGCUGCAAAGUGCCAGUGUCAAGCGCAAGCGCAACCUCAAGCUACGCCCACGCCCACGCUCAAGUCGUUGGUCACCGACGAGUCAACAGCCGUCGAGCGUCAAUUCCCGGCGCGUCGGUUCUCGUACGGUGCCUGUACGUACUGUGCUCUGUACGUACUGUGCUCUGUACGUACUGUGCUGCACUCUUCACUCGAGUGCGCACUCGUACUCUCGUCUCGUGGGACAAGAGCCAAGUUGCCGACCAACACUCAUCACCCAGCACCACCGCACUCGUGCCCUCGUACCUGGAGCGUCGCAGCAGCCUGUUCACGCUCUGCACGGAACACAACCAAUCGACCAUACCCAAACUCUCGCAAUAUCGUCAUCUUCACCAUCGCCGGUCCAGUCACCGUCGCGACAAGCACCAUCACCAGCGCAAUUGGCCCUCAACACCACCCCGUGAUUCUUCACUGCUGCGGGAAGGAUUCUUGCUGGAUUCCAUUCAUUGCAACCAGAGACUCGAGAAUUCUCGCAUCGCAAGGUGAGUCGCUCCCAGUGACCCGGUGUACUGCCGCUGCGGAAAAUUAACUCCCAGCGUGCGAGCUCCCAAGAUCUAGCGAUCGCAUCGCGCAGGUUGCGACGGAGAGGCGCGCACGCCAACCGUUGUCGCUGUGGGAGACAUAA